AUGGAAGUCCAUGUCGUCUCCAAACAGAACCAUGCUAAACAUGCUAGCUUUCGUAUCGCUGAGUUAACCAAGGCACUAUUGCCGUCAUCAGUUCGCGUGCGCGCCAAAAUUGUCAGCUUGACCUCCAACAACUUGACCUACGCUGCACUUGCUGAUGUGUGGAACUUAUGGAAUCUGUAUCCUGUUCCCCAGACAUCGCCUGCCCCUUACAACGAUCAAGCGACAUGGGGAAUUGUGCCUGCAUGGGGCUACGCAACUGUCCUAGAGAGUAGCAUCGCUGACCUACCGUCGGGCACAUCGCUCUGGGGCUACUGGCCUGCUUCCGGCCAUGCAGUGGACUUGCAAUUGAGCCGAGAAGAGCCAGAAGGCCAUUGGGUGGAGACUUCCCCUGGUCGGCAGUUCAUGCUGUCGUUAUAUAACCGCUAUAUUGUUGUCGAUACUCAGACGGAAGACCUCGAGCGCCUAGGCUGGGGAUCUUCCGUGCGACCGACUUGGGUUUGUGGUUAUCUCCUCAGCGAGUACGUUUUUACUCCCGAUCCAGCUACUCAUCCGCCCCUGCACCCUCUUCCCGGGCCGGACACUCAGUGGACGGUCGAUGAUGCGGACCUCUCCAAGGCUGUUUUCAUCAGCAUAGGUGCGUCGACAAAAACUGGUCGCGCUGCGGCCUUUAAUCUUUCUUGCAGACCUGCCGGAACUGGUCCUCUGGCUCUACUUCAAAUUUCCUCGGCGCCAGCUGCCCUCUCCGAGGCGGCAGACAAGCUCGCUGGACCAUUCCCCACCAAGGCAGUUUCAUACUCCGAUAUUGCCAGUACGGGAGAGUGGCUUGCUAUCAAGCAGCCUUCCAAGAUCGUCGUCGCGAAUUUUGGUAGUCGUGAUGGGGGCUUCGAGCAACUGCUUGGCAUGAUCCAGGGUACGCCUGCUCUACACGCCGCUAAAACAGUCGUCCUUAGCGUCCAUAAUACACAAGACUUUAUAGCAUUGAGUAGCCUCGGAGCCCAGCUGGGUUUCAUUCAGGUCAACACCUCCCCUAUCCAGGAUGCUGCGCUGGGCAUCAUCGAACCGAAACAAUAUUUCGGAGAACUUGAGAAGCGCUGGAACCAAUGGCUGAUGCAUCACGAAUCCGCAGCCCCGGAUUUGCGCUUGGUGUGGGGGAAGGGAAUCUCUGGUGAACAGGGGCUUGAGGGAGGCUGGGACUUGCUGUGUAAGAGCCAUGCCAAGCCGAACGAGGCUUUGAAAGAGACUAGUUUGAACCGUCGAGAAGACGAAUUCGACAGCAAACUCGAUUGGGACAACUUUCUCGAAAAACGCGAAACAAUGAUCGUGAAUCUCGUCACAGGGGUUGAUGUUGCCAAGACAGAAGCAAAAUUGAGAAAGUACGAAAGCUCUCAUCUGGAUUCCAUUCAAGCAAACCAGGUGCGGGAAUCGCAAGAGGCAUCAGCCUUUUUAGAACAGCAGUCAUUCGAACAGGAACAGGCACGACGACGUCGUCAGGUCGCACAAGAAGAUAUCGCCAAUUUCCUCACCUUCAACAUUACCGUACCUACGCUCGAUUCCAAGAUGACUCUUGUCCGAGCUGUUGUUUUCACCUACCGGAAAUCCGGACUUUCGCUUGAAGAGUUCACGAGCUAUAGCGAGCAGCAUGGUCACCUCCUCAAGCGUCUGGCUGGCGACGUUUUCCCUAUCUCACACCGCCGCAGCUACAUUGCCCGUGAGGAGAAAGGUAGCAAUGCCGGAACUGAUACGACUGCGCGAAACCCAACGACACCAGCCAAACUUGUCUUGGGCCAACAGUCCGACUUCGAUUUCGAUGCUUACACCGAGUUGACCUUUGCGAGUCCAGAGGCUGUUCAUGCCUACACGACUAAGACAAGCCAGCCAGAAAUCGCGGCUGCGAUUGCGGCAGAUGAGGAGAGGUUCUUGGAUCGUUCCAAGACAGGCAUUGCUUUCCUAGGGGAUGUUACUGAAGUUAACAACGCUUGA